GGGACGGCGGAUCACGAUUUUGCAACAUGGCGGUGAAGUGAGGGCGAAGUCGCGGGUGCUGUGCCAUCGGAAAAUGUAUCUUUCCUAGUCGCCCGUAGUAGCGAUCCCGUCGUUACCUCGUAGUCACGCGCGACAGUGAAGAUACGUGUCCGGAUAUUGGGUGUCGGUCGUGUGCCGACGACCUUGGCGCGUGUAAAUAUGAGCGGAACGGCCGGCAGCGCGACGACGAAGGUGACACCCCGCGGCAUCGUGCGCCGCUCGAGCACGUAUGGCAGGGACUAGGGCUCGCGAUAAGGGAGCCUCGCUUUCGUCUAAGCACGAGCAAGCCGCCGAAGCAGAAGAACGACGUAGCGACGCGAUGUUGUGGCCAGCCCUGCCGAACUGUGAGAACAUAUACACAAGAGAUAGAAGCUCUAUCAAUCACUGUGAUUUCUGAUUGUACAUGCGUGCCAAACACGAGGAUAUAAGAGGGCGUUAAAAAGGGAUCCAAUGGUUUCCUGACAUGAUGGAAAGCAAAUUAUAUGUGAAGAAUGAGCCGGGACUUGAGGGGCAAUCGCUCACGAAUGCGCAGCCCAAUCCGCCCGAUGACGGAGCGAGGAUCUGCUUCGUCUGUGGCGCCGUGGGCCACAGCGAGCAGCAUUGGCUACGAGUGAAACUAAGUCCAGGUGGUUCGCCCAACGAGCCCUAUUUCCCAUUUCUCGAGUCGCACGAGCCGCCAAGCGGUUAUCGUGGCGAUGGUGCCAGAAGCGGCGUUGUCAAGGCCUGCAAUCUCUGUUACAUUCUGCUGUUACAACAGUGGGAGAGCUAUGAGCGAGAGGCUAGACCACACAGUCAGCGGAUUUAUUGGUUGAAGAGAUGCGACGGUGGUCCAUUCACAGGAGCCGAGAUGGCACUUCAGGGCGAGUACGCCGCCCAAGUUCUGGGUUUGACGAAUGAUCAGGCACCGCAGCUCAGACAGGAGAGUCGGCCAGUCGGUAUUUCGCCGCGAUUACCACCAAACUCACCCUCGCCAAGGGUCGAGCAGACCAGACCACCGUCGAAUUCGAUUGCCGAAGUGCCCAGGCCGCAUUCUAACACGGCGGAAACACACAGGCACUUGGAACAAGCGAGGCUUACAAUGGAAUCUCCCCAUCACAGAUUGCAAUCACCUCAUCAAAGAUUGCAGAGCCCACGACAGCCUGUUGAAGAUGCUAGAGUAUCCAAUGAGGCAGCAUUGGAUCUGAGACACGCACCUAGAAACUCACCCGCGCCACAACCCACUUUACCACCGCCAGCAGCUAUCUACAGCAGUGGAUCAUCAUCUAGCGUUGGUACAGACAUCCUGGAUUUGUCGAUGCCGGAUAAGAACUCGGUCACAGAAGUCUGUUAUGUGUGCGGGGACGAAUUCAAGAGGGGAUCUCUCAGUCAUAUCGCUGCGAAGCCACUGCCAACCCCGCCACAUCCUUCUUCCAGUCCACCACCGUUCUUUCCAUCACUGAUGCUUCAUCCGAGGCCGAGUAGAAGUCGACCUAUGGACAGUGCUGGACGAGUACAGGCCUGUUCAGCGUGCCAGCAUCAUCUUUUAAUACAGUGGAAAGCAUAUACGCGGCAAGGAGUACCGCACGGUGAUAGAAAUUAUACGCUUCGCAAGCGACAAGCCCCUGCAAUGGAUACAACUACGUUUAUUUGCUAUACUUGCGCUCUUGAGUACCCUUCAUCCAGUAUUAGACUUCUGUAUUGCUGUCCUAAUCCAGAGAAGGAGGUGUACUUUCCUUUUAUUUAUUCUCUGAGACCUCCGUCAGGAGCUAGUCCUAUUAGUCCUCAGGGAAUGGUGCAGGUUUGCUCCAUUUGUUACAAAGCUAUCCCGCAAAAGCAGCAGGUAUUUGGUGGAGAAAAUCACGAGGCGCAGCCAGGUGGACAAAAUGCGGAUUUCCGUCAACAAGGUCCUUCGCCACGGCCCGCCGUUCCGAAAUCUCCAGCCAAUUCAGCUGGUAGCGAUAUUCGCUUUAAGCCAUAUGACUUAAAUAAGUCAACGGUUGCUACAAACAAGCAACGAAGCAGUACCACCGUGAAAGCUCCUACGCCUGGGCAACGAAAUUCACCUAGCAACGGCCCCGCGGAAAAUGGGACUGUUGCGCUUGGCCAAAAUUACAGGUGCUAUAUCUGUGAAAGAUUAUAUCCUAGCACUCACAUGGAAUGGUUAUCUACGAGUCCGGAGGGAAUGAAUUCACAUGCUAUGCAUUUUCCUUGUUUGAGAGGAAUAGCACGUACGUCUGAAAACGCUUGCAUGGAUAGUUAUGGAAGGAUAUUGGCGUGUAGUCACUGUGUGAAUCAUCUUACGCAACAAUGGGAAAGUAUGGAUGCUGAACGGAUUCCUUUAGAACGUCGCAGGUAUGAUAUUCCUAGUCCACAUCCAAAUGGUGACGUGAACCGGUCAAUUGCUACACCACCGAGCUCCAGUUCGGAUCGAACAUUUAGAAGCAAUCCGGGCACAUCGAGCAGUUCGAUUUAUUGUUUCCUGUGCGGUUUACACAGUGAUUUAACUCUCGCGAGAGUUCUGUAUGGUCGACCUCAGGGUCGAAACGCACCAUUCUUUCCGGAACUGUUGCGACAUCAGUCACCACCAAAUGCCGAACAGCUCCGUGAAGAUGGCUCUGCCCUGGUCUGCACAUUUUGUUAUCAUUCACUGUUGGCACAGUGGCGUCAACACGAAUCUCUUCCCGCUGGCCAACAAGUGAACGCGGCCGAGCGCCAAUACAACACUCACGACUAUUGCUGUUAUGUCUGUGGCGUCGUGACGUACAGGAAACGAGUACGUGCGCUGCCCGUGAAGGAUUACCCGAACUUGACGAAGGAACGGGGUAGCAGGCAAACGGAAAAGAGCCUAUUGUUAGAGAACGGCGAUUUUGCAGUAGUGUGCUUAGAUUGCUACGAGACCUUGCGUACGCAGACUCAAGAAUACGAGAGAUGGGGUCUGCCUGUUGAGAAACGCGAGUACAAUUGGAUUGUGCAACCUCCACCGCCCGAGGAUAGUCCCGAUGUGGCCAUAGCUAGAUUACCGUCAGGCGAAAGGUCCGAGAAAGUGGUUCCACCGACAUUAACCGUCAGGCCAGCGCGAAAGAAUUGCUCACCAAAGGCACCCGACAAGAAGGCACUUGCGAAAAUUCCGGAGAAGGAACAAGGUCUACAGCCCGCCAGCACCAAAGCUCAGCCAACCUCGAUUGGCAAGUCCCACCGACCCAGUUCCGGCGUACUACCUCAGGGUCACACCCCGGGACCUGGACCGGGCGGGCAGCAGAAUAGCAGGAGCUUCGCCGCCGCCUUGAGGAACCUGGCCAAGCAGGCGGGCCCAGCACCUCAGGAAGAGGAACCCCGUGCUAGCCCGAAGAACCGGGCGCCACCGCCCUUGGUCAGAGGUCCUUCCCCUGCUAAGGAGCGAUCGACGCACGAACGAAGACCUGAAGAGAUUCCCUCCUUGUACACAACUGCCAGACCCGUUGAAACCAGCAAACACAGCGUAACUGCCGCGGCUACCGAAUUGCUGGCUCGUUCCGGUUUUCAGCCGUACCGGCCCGAGCAUCAUCCGGCCCAUCCACCGGCAUUCGCCUUGGACCCCGCGACCUAUAGCGCCUAUCAUCCCGGUCUUUAUCCACCGCCGCACCUGCCGCACGCUUAUAGGUUAGAGGAACAGUUGUACUUGGAGCGAUGUGGAAUGAUAAGACCGCCGUUGUUUCCCGGACUGCCAUCAUAUCCUCUGUACGGACUGAGAUACAGUCCCGACAUGCUUCCUCCGCCGCCCGCCUCCCUGGGCCUCAUGUCUCCCGUGAUGCACGAACGACUGAAGCUGGAGGAGGAGCAUAGACUGCGGCAAGCACGGGAGCAGGUUGCGUUGCGGGAGGAGGAGGAAAGGAGAAGAGCAGCGAGAAGUUCUGCUCCCGCUGCCCCGGUACCCGCGCCUGCCCCUGCAUCCGCUGAUACUGCAGCUAGGAAGCCGACCAUAGCGGCUCAGCUGCAUAGCGAUCGGGAGCGAGAACGUGAUGCAAGAGAACGACAAAGCGGUAGCAGUGGCGGUGGUGGUAACAGCAGCGGUGGCAACGCUAGUAACGCCAGUAACACCUGUGGGAACAACACCAGCAAUACUGGUAACUCCAGCAGCAACAUCAGCGGAUCUGCUGUCUCUGUUGGUAGCAGUCAUCAUCAAUCUCGAAAAGAGGAGCAACAAUCCUCCGCUCCGCCAGCUGCACCACCGCCACCGCCUUCCGAUCCAGCAGUCACCAUCUACCAUCCUCGUCUGCCACCCUUCCCCAAUCCAGCACAACCCAUUGGACCGACCCUGGGUUCCACUUCUAUAUGCUCCGCCAAUUCUGCGGCUAUUCCACCCCCUUUGGGUUCCAGUUUGCCUCCUUUGAACCUUGGACCACCACCACCGGUGGCUAUAAGUUCGGCACCAAUCUGUCCACAGCCGAUACCUUCCAUCCCGUCCUUGACGCCUGGUGUCAUAGGACCACCACCGCCACCUCCGCUAUCCCUAGGCAUGUCCCUUCCGCCUAUUAUCUCCAUUCCUUCUCUUCACUUGCCCCCCGUGCCGUCGAGUACUAUUCAUUCUAGUCAGCACACAGCCACGAUGAUAAUGAGCAGCGCGACCACGACGGUCACCAGUUCUAUUUAUCAUCAACAGCAACAGCAACAUCAACAACCCCUGUCGCAACAUCAACCACGCGCAAAUAGUACGAGCAGUACGACGACUACGAGUUCUUUAUCGGGUGCAAUGACUACGCACACGGCGCCAACACCGUCAAACAAUUCUUCGUCGACAUUGAACGCCAUGAAUCACAUGGCUCACAAGUCUCCGCCAUUGUCUCACAGUGUUCAUAUAUCCAGAAGCAAAGAACCACAACCAUCGACAGUCACGACAACGGCGGGUACGCUGCCUACAACGGCGACCAUGACUACUACAACGAGCACCACAACAACAUCGCAGCCGGCUUUCGUUAGGCCCUUUGAGGACUCGUUCCGCUCUUCUUCGACAAAGACGCAACAGAGACAACCGAUAAUAAAUAGUCACAAUCAUAGUAUAGUUAAUCAGAUCGGCCAUCAUGAGUCAUUGCCUUUAAAGCCUUCACCGUUAACGCCGAUUACGUCUCAAACCGUGGGUAGUCAAGUGAUUCAGGAGAAUUCUUCGACGAUGGACAACAAGUCCAUGAGUAAUCAACAAACGCUCUCUCAACCGAUCCCUUAUCCACCACCUCAACAGUAUCAUCAUCCGCAUAUACCCGUCUCGCACGUGCCAAGUCUCUACAAACCGCCACACUUUUCAACAUCAUCGUCAUCGACAUCGUCACCUCAUCAGCAGCAUCAUUCUCAACCCAAACUCAAUGUACCAACGAUAAACAUCAGUAAUAGCAGUCAUAGCAGUAGCGGCACGAGCGUCUCUAAUUCGACUAAUUCAACUAUCACAAAACAGCAUAACGCACAUCACGUCGAGUCUCAUCAAAUGACAACUACGACAACCUCGCGAAAUGAUAGCGCGACUAAUAACUGCGUUUCCAGCGAGAAGACAAUGACUAAUAACAAUUUUAGCGCUAAUAAUCAGAUUGUUGGUGGUGCAACCAAUAAAAUUGCAAAUCACACGAGCGCGCAUCAUAAAAACAAUUCGGAUGUCGCGGCGAAGGACAACAAACUGAACGCGUGCAACGAAAAGAGCGUGAACGAAAAUCUAAUUAGGCAACCACAGUUGCCGAAUCAGAAUCAUGUCACGACAAAUUCGCUCCAAGAGAAGACCGCGAUCUCGCAUCUGCCUUAUGAACAGGGAAAAAAUUUGAAGCCCUCUCAUCCGAUAAAUUACAAUCUUGGCGAAAAGGAGAACAAGAACGAAAUUGAUUGUAAUUCGCAAUCUAAUCAGAAUAAUAUCUUGUCCACAUUACCAUUUCAACCGAGUUUUAAGUUCAGUAUAAGUGACAUUGCGCAGAAGUCCACGGAUACGACGCAGCUGAUGCAAAGUAUCAGGUCUGAGGAGGUGUUGCGCACUUGUCAGAAUGUCUCAAAUGUGCUUUUGCAGAUUCCGAAGUAUCAGGAAAAACUUCUGAACUUUUCGACGAGCAACAACGAGUUGAAGACGACCGCGUUUUGCUUUACCGACAAGUGCAAUAAUUUGACUGAGAUUUCCGUAAGGUGCGAACCAGCGGUGCUAAACGUGCCUGACCUCAGCAAAGCCCUGGGUAAACAGGAUGCCAUCAGUAGCGAGAAAGCCCUGAAUAAGCAGGAUAUUAUUAGUAGCGAGAAGGCCCUGGGCAAGCAGGAUAUCAUCAAUAGCGAGAAGGCCUUCCUCACUUAUGAAGUGAUACCUGAGGUGCCUAAAGAGCUGACGUCAUCCCUCGAUUUAGCCGAGAAGAGGCGUAAACGAAGGAGGGAAAGGAACACGGGCGUCACGUGUAGCUCUGAUUCGGAGGGCGAGGAGGAAACCAAAGACGCGGAUCUUUGGAUUACGAAAGGUCCGCCGGCUAAGCUACAAUAUUCGGAAGAUAAGUUGGCUUUUCUAGCCAUGUUUGGACUAACUACAUUUACUAUUAGGAACGAGAUAGAAUUGUGUAAGGUUGAAAAAAGAUACAAAUUGAAUCCCGAUCCACCAGAACUACCUCUGGAAGUAGAACCCGUAAUAGAAUCCGUCUUACCGAUUCCGCGUGAGCAUCCGGACGUUUUGCUUCACACGCCAGAUUUCGAGCCGAAAGUUGGUUUUCUCAGGACUAUAGGUCUCGAUAUUAUGCCUCCAAAUAAAAGAGAUGAGGCAGAAGCGACAUGGCAGUAUGUUCUGGCAGAUCGCAAAAAGCGGAAAAGCGCGAAUUCCGUUACUGCCUACUGUGAAAAAAUCGCCAAAGUUUAUUCUAGGAAUCCUCCAGCUGUACCAAAAUCACCUCAAAAAAAGCGUCUUCUGGACAAAGUUAAUAAAGUGAAACACGGUCCAGAACGACCACCACCACUACCACCUUUAGUUCCGAAUUUAGUUUCGAUGUAUUGUCCAACUUUACCUAUGCCUGGUGAGAAUGGCGUGAAGCAACACUGUAAAACUAUAGACAUCAGUGAGAGUGCCGAUGAAACGAGUGAGAAGAGAGAAAAGCCGAGGUGGACCGGAAUCGUGGAUGUUAUGUUUGCCUACAGCGAGUACAUGAAAGAAAAGACACUGGAGAGAAAGAUUCUGACAAGCGAAGCAUCAAAACUGAUGGCACAGUCCAAUAAUUUGCGUUCCGAGACCACUCAGCUAGAAAGGAAGAUCUACGAGCUCCUGUCCGCCAAAACAGAACUUGAUUCCGACAGGCGAAUGCUCAGCGACAAAAUCGAGAGGAUCAACGCACUUGUUAGGAACCUUAGAUAGCGUUGCGAACGCACAACACGGAAACUCAUUCAUCUGUGAUAUUAUCAGCGGGUUAAGGGCCGUUAGCGUGUAAUACGCACUGCUAAACGUAACACUUAGAUAAGUAACGGUUAAGGAACAAACUCUUGAGUGACCAAAUGUACAGCGAUUCUUCGUAUUGUUUUGCGUACUUUAUAUUAUAUAACAUAACGCGUUCCUUUUUUUGCCGUCGACGAUUGUUCAUGCCGGGAUGGCAGGAAUCUUUGGCUCUCGGCUGCUCGAUUCACAGCAAUCGUGUUCGGUUUGAAAACGUUACCGCACUAAUUAAUAGAUAUUAAUUUUUACGCGCAUCGUUCGACAUUGGCGAGCGUGCUGAUUUUUAAUCAUAAACGCGAAGUCAUAUCAACCGUACCUUACAAGGAUAUGUAUAAAGCUCUAAUUGUACAAAUCGAAUUGUAAUCCGUGGAAAGACAGUUUUUACGAUCGCGAAAAUAAAAGGACAAAGGCUUUCUAGUUUCACAACUAACGGCUCUUACACUCCAAGCAUAAAUAAUUGUAAUUUAUAUCAUAUUUUAAUGACAAAAAAAAUAGACAAAUCGUGUAACUUAUUUUAUUCUGCGUAAUGUGGACUUUAACGUCGAGUACUUGGGGGAAAGAAUAACAAUGAUAUAUCACGCAGUUUGUAUGUCGACCGAUUGAUAAAGCAAUGGAAAAAGAGGAUAUUGUACACAAGAUCGAAAGGUGACAUCGACUAUAUCGGACUGGCAGUGUCGAGAAACCACUCGCAUAUAACAGCGAAUACGGCCGUAUUUUUACGUUUAAUAGCAUAGCAGCGCAUGUGGUGAAACUGAUUGAAUCGAUUGGAAUUGUAUAUAAUCGGAAGCACCGCGCGUGUUCACAAACAUGAAGAGGGAAAAAAUUCGGACGGUAGGAUGUUUUACGCGAGUUUCGAUUCAAACCACCGUUAUAACGACACGAGAACUCUAGUCUACGGACAAGCUAUACAAGAAAAAAAAAGAAGAUCGCGCGCCGAUACGCGAUAAGAUCAGAUUAGUGAGCAGUCCUUCCUUUCGAACGUGUCCACGUUCCAUUCACCGUAAAUAAAUACGAAGGCCAGUGAAGAUACGGGGAGGAGCGUUAUUAACAUUGUAACAACACUGCGGUACUUAGAUAAUGCGACUUAAUUUUUAAAGAAGAAAAAAAGAGGAAUAAAUAAAGAUAAUCGUGAGACUUCGCGCGCGGAGCACAUUCCACAUAAAAAAAUGCUUGUUGCCCGACCGUCAACAUUCCAACGCAUCCACUUUACCGCGACAAUUGGAUCCUAGAACUCGACGCGAGUCGAGUGGCGAACGAAAUUUGAAAGGAAAAGAAAAGGGAAGAAGCCGAUCGCUGUUGGUUUUUUUCUUUUCUGGCGUGUUUCCAUGUCGCGUAACUGCGCUCUACCUUUCGUACAUCUUCGGUAUCCCUAAAACUUGUUUCCCGCUCUCUGCUCUCCGAAUACAUCAUAUCUCGUCGAUAUAAAAUCGCAUAAGCGUACGUUGCGCGCGACAAAGCUACCAUUUAUAGUUUUCGCCGUUCUGUUCAUUGAGUGCCUAACAUUUUUCCCUACAUUUGUAAAUAUCAUUAUUUUUAUGUAUUAUGUAAUUAACAAAGGGAGGGACCGCGAUUGCGCGCUGGUCUCAGUCUCAACUGGCCAGAACAAGAGCCUAGGAGUAAAUUGUUGAAAACAUGAA